GCAACUGAGCAAGGUAGCCAGUCAGUCAGUCAGUCAGUCAGUCUGGCUUGUCUGGUCAGUUUGCAACUACAUUAUCCACAUUCUUGCCUUUUGCGGUCAAGAGGCGUCCGCCGUCCACCGCCCGACUCGGAGCGAGGUGUCAAAUUUCAAACUCGUGUUACUUGUCAAAGGAUGCACCAAGUCCUAGCACCUCUGCAGCAUGCGUGAGUAGCUAGCUAAGGUAGGAACGUUCGGGUACAAGUCAUCCCGACUUUUCGUAUUCAUUGGUCCGACGAAUAAUGAAUGACCUCGCUCCGGGCUUGCCGUACAUACUCCGUACAUACUUACCCUGCUUGACCUACCUAACC